AUGCCUCUUGCAAAUGGCUCUUUUGUGACUGAAUUCAUUUUGGAAGGCUUAACACAACGGUCUGACCUCCAAAUGCCCCUGUUCUUCCUAUUUCUAGCAAUAUAUGUAGCCACUGCUUUGGGAAAUUUAAGCUUGAUAAUUCUAAUUGUGCUAAAUUCUCAUCUUCACACCCCCAUGUACUUUUUCCUCAUGAACUUGUCCUUCAUAGACCUCUGUUAUUCUUCUGUGGUUACACCAAAAAUGCUAAUGAACUUUAUGUUAAGGAAGAAUGUUAUCUCUUAUAUGGGCUGUAUGACUCAACUCUACUUUUUUUGUUUUUUUGUCAUUUCUGAAUGCUAUGUACUAACUUCAAUGGCCUAUGACCACUAUGUGGCCAUUUGCAAUUCACUUUUGUAUAACACUGCCAUGUCUCCUAAAGUGUGUUCCUAUCUUGUACUUGGUUCCUACGUGAUUGCAUUUUCUGAUGCCAUGAUCCACACUGGGUGCAUACUGAGACUGACUUUCUGUGAUAGAAAUACCAUCAACCACUUUUUCUGUGACCCUGUACCUUUGCUCCAGCUCUCCUGCACCAGCACCUAUGUCAAUGAGGUAGAAAUUUUCAUAGUGGGGGGAAAAGACAUCACUGUGCCCAUUAUCAUCAUCCCACAUAAGAAAAGCAUCAUCUUCAUCUCUUAUGGUGUCAUCCUUUCCAGCAUCAUCAAAAUCAGGUCUACUGAGGGCAGGUCUAAAGCUUUUGGCACCUGCACUUCCCACAUAAUUGCUGUUUCUCUAUUUUUUGGGUCUUGUGCAUUUAUGUAUCUCAAACCUUCUUCGGCUGGAACUAUGGAUGAGGGAAAAAUCUCAUCUGUAUUUUAUACCAUUGUGGUUCCCAUGUUGAACCCCUUAAUCUUCAGCUUAAGGAACAAAGAUGUUAAAGUUGCUCUGAGAAAAACCCUGCACAGGAGAUGUUGA